AUGGAACAAGCCAAUAAGCCCCACAGAGGGGAGCCCAAAAAGAAUAGUGCCAAAAAGAGGUUGCAUCAGAAUGGACAAAACGUUAAAGCAUUUGCAGUGAAUGCCCCAAGGAAAUUGGAACGGAUGGCAAGAAGAUCUCAUGAUGUUAAGGAGAAGAAGUUACAUGUUCCUAUGGUAGACAGAACGCCCGAUGAUGAUCCUCCUCCCGUCAUUGUGUGUGUAGUGGGACCCCCCGGUACCGGUAAGACGACAUUAAUCCGGUCACUUGUUAGAAGAUUAACCAAGACCACCUUGACGGAGAUCAAAGGACCAAUCACUGUUGUCAGUGGGAAGCGGAGAAGAUUGACGUUUAUGGAAGUGAGCAAUGAUCUCAAUUCCAUGGUAGAUGCUGCCAAAAUCGCCGACUUGGUGUUAUUACUUGUUGAUGGUAACUUUGGGUUGGAAAUGGAGACCAUGGAGUUCCUUAACAUAGCCCAACAUCAUGGGAUGCCUAGAGUUUUGGGUGUCGCCACGCAUUUGGACUUGUUUAAGUCUCAAUCUACAUUAAGAACGUCUAAGAAGAGAUUGAAACAUAGAUUCUGGACCGAGGUGUACCAGGGAGCCAAGUUGUUUUAUUUAUCCGGGGUUAUCAACGGUAGAUAUCCCGACCGGGAAAUCUUAAACUUGACGAGAUUCAUGUCUGUUAUGAAGUUCCGUCCUUUGAAAUGGAGAAACGAACAUCCGUAUUUAUUGGCCGACAGAGUAACGGAUUUAACCCAUCCUAACGAUAUAGUGGAGAAUCCCAAGUGUGACAGACAAGUUGCUAUCUAUGGGUAUUUGCAUGGUACCCCCUUGGCUGCAGCCAAUGCACAUAUGCACAUAGCCGGGAUGGGAGACUUCUAUGUUCAUUCCGUGGAGAAGUUACCGGACCCGUGUCCUACACCUUAUUUUGAACAACGGUUAGAAGACAUUGAAAGAGAACGGGCCAAGGCUGCAGCUGCGGCCGGAGAAACAGUUGCACCGGUGACCAGAAGACGGAAAAGAUUGGAAGACAAGCAGAAGAUCAUAUAUGCCCCUAUGUCCGAUGUCGGGGGUGUUUUGGUUGAUAAGGAUGCCGUCUACAUUGAUGUGGGGGAGAAGGAGUAUUUUGUCAAGAGCGAAGACAUGGGUGAGGGAGAGAAGUUGGUUACUGAUUUACAGGAGGUAACCAAGACGGUUCAAGAACGGUUUGAAGAAGGACCAGGGUUGAAGUUGUUCAGUGAGUCCAAAGAGAUUAAGGGUAGAGGUGGAGUUGAUGAUGAUGAAGAUGAAGAGCAUGGUUUAUUGUCUGAUCUUGAAGAAGGGGAUGAGGAAGACUUGAAGCAGGAACAAGGAAGGAAGCACAUGAGAAACCCAAGAUUAUAUGGGAAGUCUAUACGUGAAGAUGAUGAAUUUGACAGUGAAGAAGACGAUGAUGAUGAUGAUGAUGAUGAUGAUGAUGAUGGACUAGAAUACAAUGAACAUGAGCCCAAGUUGAUUGAAGUUGACUUCGAUGAUAAUAAGUACAAGGAGAACGACUUGGAGUUUGCGGAAGAUUCAUCGUUAUCUUCUGAUGAAGAAGAGGAGAACGGAUAUAGGAAGACUGCAGCCAAGUUGAAGAUUCUGGUUCAACGGAGAUGGGACAUCAAUAAGUUGAUUUACUUGGACAAUAUUGAGCCUUCUGAGGUCAUUCGUAGAUGGAAACAGCAUGAAGAAGAGGAUGAGGAAGAAGAAGAUAUUGAAGACGAUGAUGAUGACUUUUUCAAGAAGAAGCAGACAGCUUCAACCACCGAAGAUUUGGACAAUUUUAUUCCUUCCUUUCCUCCGCUUGAAGACUUAAAGAGGAAGUUCAAUCCUGAUGGUGGUGAUGAUGACGAUAAUGAUGAUAAAGAGUACGAAAAUGGGUAUCAAAUCUUGAAGACCAGAUUAUUGGUUGCACCUAAGGUAACUGACGAGAGCUCUGAAGGAAAGGAGGACGUUGGUGACGAUGAUGAAGAGGUUUAUGGAGACUUUGAGGAUCUUGAAACUGGUGAAAAGCAUGAGGAAGUAGAAGAAGAUAAGAAGGACGACUUUGCUGAUUUUGAAGAGGAAGAAAAGAAGGAUGAAAUGGGAGUCGAGGACGAGAAUUUAUCCGUUGAAGAGAGAAGACAGUUGAAUGCUUCUAAAAAAGCUCAAUUGAAGAUGCAAUUUGAAGAAGAAGAAGACAGAGAGUUCGGAGCAGACGAUCCAGAAGGUGACACUGAAGCCGACACUUGGUAUGAAUUCCAAAAGAAUAAGAUGGCCAAGCAAUUGGAAAUCAAUAAGGAAGAGUUUGAUCAAAUGGACGACACCACCAGAGUCAACAUUGAAGGGUAUAGAGCCGGCUCGUAUGUGAAGUUGGUGUUUAAAGACCUCCCCUGUGAGUUUAUCAACAACUUACAACCGGAAUAUCCCAUCGUAUUAGGAGGUUUGUUAGCCACUGAAUCCAGAUUCGGGAUCAUGAAUGUCAGAAUUAGAAAACAUAGAUGGCACAAGAAGAUCUUGAAAUCACAAGACCCGUUGAUUUUAUCUUUAGGUUGGAGAAGAUUCCAGACGUUACCCAUUUAUACCACAUCAGAUUCCCGGACCAGAAACAGAAUGUUGAAGUAUACUCCGGACCAUGCAUAUUGUUUUGCGUCAUUCUAUGGGCCAUUGGUUGCACCUAACACAACAUUUGUCGGGUUUAACAUUAUCGACAACAAGUCCACCACCGGGGCAUUUAGAAUUGCAGCCACGGGGAUAGUGGAAGAGCUUAACUCUACCGUCGAAAUUGUUAAGAAGUUGAAAUUGGUCGGGUAUCCUUAUAAGAUCUUCCGGAACACAGCUUUUGUCAAGGAUAUGUUUUCCAACAGUUUAGAAGUGGCCAAGUUUGAAGGGGCAGCUUUAAGAACUGUUAGUGGGAUCCGAGGUGAAAUCAAAAGAGCAUUAUCGAAACCUGAUGGACAUUUCAGAGCGACAUUUGAAGAUAAAGUCUUAAUGUCGGAUACCAUUUUCUUGAAGACAUGGUAUCCUGUUAAAAUCAAACGGUUCUAUAAUCCCGUGACAUCAUUGUUGAUGUCUGAACAUGGAGAAUGGAAGGGGAUGAGAUUAACCGGACAAGUUAGAGCCGAGAGGGGUGUAGAAACACCUUUAUUGGCUGAUAGUGCUUAUAAGAAAAUUGAACGAGUUGAACGUAAGUUUAACCCAUUAAGAGUCCCUAAAUCACUUAAAGCCAAUUUACCUUUCAAAUCCCAAAUUCAUGAAAUGAAACCUCAGAAGAAGUCGACUUAUAUGGCUAAAAGAGCCGUGGUGUUAGGGGGCGAGGAGAAGAAGGCACGUGACUUAAUGCAAAAGAUAGCCACUAUCAAGAAGGACAAAGAAGUUAAACGUCAAACUAAGAAUCAAGACAAGUUCAAGGAGAAACUCAAGAAGAUCGCAAAGAAGGAAGAGAUCCGGAAGGAGAAAGAAAGAGAAAGAAAGAAGGAAUAUUUUUCCAGAGAGGGGAAGAAGAGAUCUCUGGGUUCAUCCGAUGGUGAUUCUCAUAAGAAGAGAAGAGCAUAG